CAAGCGCUGCCGGGUUGUUUGUAUACAUGCAGCGCGGAAAUCACAGCUUGUUGACGUUUAGAGGUGUAAAGAUAAAGAGGAGGUUUUUCAAUAGAUCAAGAGAUUGAUUAAACCAUAAAAAAAGGCAGAAAUAUCAGUGUCAAUCAGACUAAAAACUAAAACAUUAUGUGGCGUCGGCGAACGCAGCUGCUCUGUGGGAGAGCGUUGUCGUCUGCAGGAUGCCAAAGGUUUAUGUCCGAUGCUCCGAAGGUGAUGGCUAUACGGCGGGAGACCAUCAAUGUUUGGGAGCGGCGUGCCCCUCUUGCUCCUCGCCAUGUCCGGAAACUUGUGAAGAAUGGCAUUAAGGUCAUCGUCCAACCGUCCAACAGGAGAGCGUAUAAUAUGAUCGACUACGCCCAGUGUGGCGCGGUGAUACAGGAGGACAUCAGCGAAGCUUCCCUAGUGAUCGGAGUGAAGACUGUACCUAUUGACGUGCUGAUGCCAGACAAAACCUAUGCCUUCUUCUCCCACACAAUCAAGGCUCAGAAGGACAACAUGCCUCUCCUAGAUGCCAUCUUAGAAAAAAAUAUUCGAUUGAUAGACUAUGAGAAGAUGGUGGAUGACAAAGGACAACGUGUAGUAGCCUUUGGAAAGUAUGCUGGAGUGUCAGGGAUGAUUAAUAUACUUCAUGGACUGGGACUGAGGCUACUGGCACUGGGACAUCAUACGCCCUUCCUGCACAUCGGUCCGAGCCAUAACUACACUAACACAGAAAUGGCCCGUAGGGCUGUGAGGGAUGCUGGAUAUGAGAUUGCUCUGGGGCGACUACCAAAGUCUAUAGGUCCCCUCACCUUCAUCUUCACAGGCUCCGGUAAUGUGUCACAGGGAGCUCAGGAAGUGUUUCAGGAGUUUCCAUUUGAGUAUAUAGAACCAGAACACCUACCUAAUGUCGCAAGGCACGGCUCUACCAACAAGCUCUACGCCUGUGUUGUCAGUCGAGAGUCCCAUUUUGUCCAUAAAGAUGGCGGCAAGUUCAAUGCUGAGGAGUUUGAUAAGGACCCUUCUAAUUACCUGUCAGUAUUCAGCCACAAGAUAGCACCAUACGCCUCUGUGAUAGUCCAUGGUAUAUACUGGGAUCCUAAUGCACCAAGGCUUCUCACCAUUCCUGAUGCUAAGACAUUGCUGCGCCAUGAAGAGUCGCCAUGGUUACCUUCCACACCGGGAUGUCCCCAGCUUCCUCACCGCUUACUAGCUAUCUGUGACAUAUCUGCUGACCCUGGCGGUUCAAUAGAGUUCAUGCAAGAGUGUACCACUAUAGACUCACCCUUUUGUCUGUACAAUGCUGACCGCAACAUCAACAGGGAAAGCUUUGCAGGGGAUGGAGUAUUGAUGUGUUCCAUUGACAACAUGCCGGCCCAGAUCCCUAAGGAGGCCACAGACUUCUUUGGAAGUCUACUGCUACCCUUCAUAGAGGACAUGAUCAUCUCUGAUGCUGUUAAAUCAAUGCAGGACUACCCAGUUGGACCCAUCGUCAAAAACGCUGUGAUUGCAUCAAAUGGAAAACUGACAGAACCGUUUGAGUAUAUUUCUGAACUUCGAAAAAAAUCUGAAUCUUCAAAGAAAGCUAAGAAACUUGUUCCAGGACAGAAGAGAGUGUUGGUCCUGGGCGCUGGCUAUGUGUCUGCUCCGGCUGUGGAAUACCUUACCAGGGAUAACAAUGUCCAUGUAACCGUGGCGUCCCAGUUCAAGAGAGACCUUGAUGAGCUAGAGAGCAUGUGUACCAACGCUGACCUCAUCCUUAUGGAUGUGAUGAGGAACACGGAGGAGCUAACAAAAAUGGUGGCUGACAGUGAUGUGGUGGUCAGCCUACUGCCACAUAGUCUCCAUCCCGAGAUCGCCAAACUGUGUAUUGAACUGAAGACCAACAUGGUGACAGCCAGCUAUGUUUCCCCGGCAAUGAGGGCACUUCACGAUUCAGCUGUGAAUGCCGGCAUCACGAUCAUGAAUGAGGUUGGUGUUGACCCUGGUAUUGACCACAUGCUAGCCAUGGAGUGUUUUGACGAGGUCAAACACGCUGGAGGAAAGAUAAAGUCUUUCAUCUCCUGGUGUGGUGGUUUACCUGCCCCGGAAAACUCGAACUCCCCCCUACGCUACAAGUUUAGCUGGUCUCCUGGUGGUGUGCUGCUCAAUUGUCUUAGUGGAGCCAAAUACCUAGAGAACAACAAUAUUAUUGAAGUCCCAAGCGGUGGUGUUUUACUGGACAAGACUCAGGACUUAGACUUCAUGCCCGGAUUCAACAUAGAAGGUUUCCCUAACAGAGAUUCAACAAUAUAUGGAUCAGCAUAUGGUAUUGACUCUGCCAAGACCAUUCUAAGGGGUACCAUUAGGUACAAGGGAUUCUGUGAUAUUGUGAAAGGACUGAUGCAACUUGGACUGCUGAACUCUGAUCCUGUAGUAGAACUCCACCCCAAUGGGCCAGAGAAAACAUGGAAAGCCUACAUGUGUGAUGUGUUUGGAAAGUCCCAUGAUCUGUUUGGAGAUACCCUGAAGGACUUGGUGUAUGAGCAGGUUGGCCGAUCAGACCAGAGGCUACAGGCUAUAGAACAGUUGGGUUUACUUGAGGAUGAACUUAUAGAUAUGAAGGGGACACCUGUACAGACCCUGUCUAACUACCUAUCAAAGAGACUUAGCUAUGGUCCUGGAGAGAGAGAUCUCAUUGUGAUGCACCACAACAUAGGUGUCCAGUGGGCAGAUGGGUCAGAGGAGGGUAGACAUGUCGGGUUGGUAGUAUAUGGUGAGGCUGAUGGACACUCAGCCAUGUCACGAACUGUAGGACUCCCCACAGGCAUCGCCACCAAAAUGAUCCUGGAAGGUGAGAUUCAGAAGAAGGGUGUACAGAUUCCUCUGUCCCAUAACAUUUACAGUCCAAUCCUGUCUCGUCUUAAACACGAAGGUAUCAGUGCUACGGAGGAGAUUCUCAUCAAACGAAACUAGAGUGAGCAGUAAGACAGAAAAUCGGGCACUGUUGUAAACUACCACCUAUUCACGAGGAAACUGUGUAAGAGCUAUAUAUACUGGAUAGAUUGAGUCUCCCAGGGUCAACAAAAAAACAAUGUGUUAUGACUUUUUGUUAGAAUAUUUUGUGUAAGAUUUUUUGUGUGUUUAUUGUUUAUUAUGCCACAGUAUUGUUAGAUUAGAAGUUUGACAUACCUAUCAUGUCAAACUGAUGCAUCACUCUAUCCAAGGGUAGAUUAUAAAUCAUAUUUGGUUAUAUUUGUAUUUUUUGAUCAACACUUUUUUUAAAUUUAUUUGUAACUGAAGUUUUUCAAUACUCUUUUAGUAUGUUGAUAAGAGAAUCUCAGAGGUGAAAAUCUUUUUUUCUUUCUUGUUUUAUAAAAGGAAAACAAAUAUUGAUAUUUAUGCACAUGUAUAUUUACCUUGAAUCUGGAAGAAUAAAAAAUUGUUGUUAUGUGAUUAGUAUCGCUGUUGUCCAGUGACGGCCGAGUACUGAACCACAUCUAUUUACUCGAGAGAUUCGCAUGUUCACAUAUUUAUCCUCAAAUCAGCUCCCUCCUUUAGUGUAAAAGUUUAGUACUGUAUUCAUCCUCAAAUCAACCCCCUCCUUUAGUGUAAAAGUUUAGUACUGUAUUCAUCCUCAA